CGCGACCAGCGCGAAAGAAAAACAUUCAUUUGAGAUAUUGCCAACAAAGCUAGAGGCAGCCUCGACGGGCACUUACAUGUAGUGUAGAGAUAACGGUAUGCUAGAUCGUUCUUUUUGUGUUUUUUAAUCAAGAUUGCGUGCGUUUCCUGGGUAAGCAUUUGCAAUCCUGAACUGCAUCGUUUCGAAUUUAAGCUAUAGGCCUAUGAAAAGAGCAGGUUUGCUUGGGAGUAUAAUCGCACGUGAACAGACUCAUGGACAUUGCCGUUGAACUACCAAAGGAAUGUGUCGGGGCAUUCGAACCUAGUUUGUACAGAGGAAAGGACGCGCUCUUUGAACAUCUGUCCAAGAACAAAACUGCUAAACCUUCAGUAGGCAACGCGAUGUUUUGAACAAAGACUCAGCUCAGACUCAGCUUUUCUUCCUCUACUUCAGUUUUCACUGGCCGUGGCUGGUUGAUUUAAUUGGUUGAGGAUGGCUACCGCCAUGGAACCCAUGGCCGACAGUGACGAGGACCUGCUCAAUGACCUUCGACCGAAGUCCCCAUACGGCGAACCGCUGGGCAAAUUCCACUUGACCACGGAGUGGCCGCAGCCCCUGCCGCGGUCCCGCCACGCCCGCCGGCCUCGAGCCGACGCCCGCUACCGCACGCAGCCGGUCACUUUCGACGAGAUAAGGGAAGUGGACGAGGAUGCCAGCCAGGCCAGCAGGCCGUCCCAGGAGCUGCUGGGCCCGCGGACGGCUGACCCCACUGCCGCGGCUGCUGCCGAUGAAAGCAAUGACCAGUGGCGAAGGAUCUCGGAACUCAAGUGCCCAAUUAAGCUGGAGGCGCUGAAUGCAGCCAUCGAGAAGAUUAUGAAGAAGCCGAGCCCGGCUGCUGCUGCUGAGGCCGCAGAGAGCGACAAACUGACCCACAUUCACAAAAGGCCGGAUGCGGCAGAAACAGUUUGAUGAAAACUAUCUCGAGACGGUCUGCCUUCGUGUCAUUAUUACGAGGCCAGAGAGUCAUGAAUCUCAUAUUUCUUCACAAUGUAUAUUGUUGCUAUCAUAAGCGUUUUGUGGCGCCCCUCCAAAUUUCACAGGAGUGUGUGCUGAUCGGAGUAUAGUCUAUGGAAUAAUCCCUUUACACAGCAAGGGUCUAUGAUAUGCGAGCAGAUUCGGCGAUUAAUUGUGCAAACAAGACUGCGUCUUGACCUCGAGUUUCUGACCAUUAAUUGAGCGGGUGCCUUUUAUAUCGGGUCUUUGGUAACCCGUUGGUGUGUUCCAAAAACAUGGCAUCUAAAUAGACCAAUCAUCAGCUAGGUCAACAUUUUUGAUCGAAAUGACAUCAUAAUUUGUAAAGUCAACUCUGAUUGGCUGGCGCGCGGUGUUAGACAUAUCAGACGUUCGACCGUCACGGUGGCCUGCACACGUGAAUGUCAUCCUCGGACUAAUGGGAUAUCGUACCAGCGAACUUCUUGCAAUGACCGAGAUUGGUGGUCAACAGAGGGCGCUACUUGUAAAAGCAAACCGUCAAGUCAGUUCAGUGGCGUAACCAGUAGGGGCGCCCUUUACUAACAGUGACCUCAAGUUUGUGGGAUGUGUGAACGUGGGCGAUAUUGUGCCACCAUGAACAGAUAGUGCCCAUGAUCGUCCGCUUUGAACAGCUUAUAGGGUUACGAGGUUCAAAAAUUUCGUCGGCGAAUUUUAACUCUUUCAUCAGCACAUGUACACUUCGUGAGCUUGAAAAGAAUCACGCUAAAUAUGCUUUGAAUUGCUGGCGGCUAUGAAUUACCGGGGUAAUAUGUUGAUACUUUUGGGAUGAGGCCAAAAAAAAAGUCUCCGGUUUCUGGUAUGGAGCUUGCCCAAAAAGUGGUGCGG